AUGGUCCGAACAACCAGGAAAAGAUUUCCUGUUGCAUCGACAGCACUGAGACGUGCUACAGUGAAAAAGUAUUUGAACAAAGUGUCAGAACUUGGACUCCUGCUCACGAACCAGCGCUACAAUAUGAUGAAAGAGCUCACUGUGUUAGCAAAUUUGCUUUGCAUUUCCGUUGUGGUUAUCAAGUCAGUGGAUGCCAGUUCAGGAAAGCAGCGACAUAUCUUCAAAUACAAUGAAACAGAAGCUAAACAUCUGCUCUAUUUAGCCGCCGCGGCCUAUACGACAAAUCCGGAGCCGUGCAUCAAAAAGUGA